AUGCGUCCUCGUCUCGUCCUCCACCCUCGGUGUCUCGGCGCCCGCGUCUACUUCUCAACCCAGACCCAGGCCAAGCUCCCAUCGACGACCCGACCCUCCCUCCCCUUUCUGCUCGUCCCGAGAGCGAGCCCCGCCGUUGCCCGGUCCUUCACCUCGGAGCGCAAGCGAUGGCUCCGGCACGAGGCCAGGCUCGUCGCGCGUUACACCAUCACCUUGUGGGGCCUAGGGGCCGCCAUCGUCACCAUCCUUUUCGCCCUCAACGAGGAGAGUUCGGAGAGGCGGUUUCCGACGCCCCACGAAUGGAAUCACCUGACGAGGAAGUUCUUGCGGGACGCCCACGGCUUUCGAGAUCCGAAGAACGGCGAAACCAACUGGGCGAGGGCGUUGGAGCUGGCGCGAGGCGUCGUCAUCCGCCUCGAGGACGACAGGAAAGGAGGGUCCGGCGUGGUGAAGCUUUCGGACCGCCAAGACCCAGGGCUGGAAGUGCCUGGCGAGUUCGUCAACUGCGACGUUUCGGCAAAGUCGGAGGAGUGGCGAAGAGGGUACUUUGAAGCCAUCAUGUUGGCGGCCAAGGCGGCCGAACACGUCGAUGGUUGGGUUCGAGACGUCACGCGCAACAUCGUCUCGCCUCCAGAGUUCGUCAUUGGGCCGUCAAACCCGCGGCCGCAGCCCAUACCCCCCGGAAACCCUCACGCGCCGCGGGAGGAAGACUGCGUCAUCGCCUACCCCUCGGCCGAGAAUUGGUACGUCAAGGUUCUGGCAACCAAAGGGCUCACGCCACGGCAGAAGAUGGACGCCGCUCUCGAGUACGCGAGCUUUAUGGAGUUCAAGGCCCGGCAGGAUGAGUCGGAGGCUCUCUACGGACUGGCGCUGGCUGAAGCAACCCAGGGCAUCGAGCCGACCAAGUUGCCCUACCACCCCAAGACGUUCGUUCUCGAGAGCCGCGCCGAAUCGCCGUCGAUGAACGUGCUCGACGCCCUCACGGCCAUGGCCACCUUCAAGGCUCGUAGGGGCGACGUCUCCUCGGCCCUCGCCAUUUACGUCUCCGUGCUCAAGGCCCGCCGCGCCCUGGCCGAAGCACCUCCCAAGGCGGCUCCGACGAAGCCCAACCGCGAGUCCCUCCUCGAGCAAGUCGUCCGCUUCUUUGCGCCGCCCGAUUACCCUCCACCUCCGCCCGACGGCUCCCUACCUCCCUGGCGUAGCGCCCAUGAGCGCUGCCAAGAGGCGUCUCUGAAUCUCUACAUCGGAGAGAUCCUGUACGCCACGUCGACGUCCUCGCGCGACGACGGCUUGGCGUGGACUCGCGACGGCGUCGACUUGGCAGAAGAACAGCUUCGCACCAUGAGCUUGACCAGCCAAGACAAGGAUGCCAAACGCACGUGUCGCGAGUGUCUGACCAUGGGGCUUGAUAACUGGUCCACCAUGGUCUCGCGCCUCGCAAAGGCCGAAAAGGCCAAGAGCCAGAGCGCGAAACCGGUCAUUUUCCCCUUCUGGAGCGGAUCUCGAGAUGCCGAGGAUCGGUGGGCGGCCGAGGAGGCAGUCGUGCAGGACCGCAAGCGAAGGACGAAGGAACUGCUGGAAGAUGUUGUCCCGCCAUCGUCGGGAUUCUUGCCUUUCCUGAGGGCCUAG